AUGGCAACACGGCGGCUGACGGACACAUUUCUGUUCAUGAGAAAUAAUGCAAUGCAAGAUCGUCAGAUCCCCGGGCCAAAAAACGAUCGCUCUGAGGACAAAGUAAAGCUUUUGGGCGAGAUGACUGACAUUGAAUUGGGUCCUUCGACUGCGUCUGAAAGUUUGCAGGAAUGGCAGGGCCUUGUAAAUUCUAUAAAUUAUGAGUUUACUGUUAUCCGGCAAAAAAUGAAAGACCUCAUCAGUCUUCAUGAUCGACACUUAGUGACGGCCAAUCUUGAUGAUAAUCUCGAUGAGGAUCAAGAAAUAGAGGCCCAGACUAAAGAGCUAACUCAGCUCUUCACCCUGUGCCAUCGGCAACUUGGUCAACUGACCUCCCUUAAGCGGCGCAUCCAGUCGAGCGGUGGUCAACAGAAUGAGAAAUUGGCCACAAAUGUUAUCUCCUCGAUAGCCCGAACACUACAAGAACUUUCAACCACAUUCCGCAAGGCUCAGUCACAAUAUCUUAAUCGU